AUGAACACUCAUGGUUGGAGCAACAAUGCAAACCCCUUUGAAAUUUUUGAAUCUACCGUAACGACCACGUUUCAUGACACUUCAGCUCCGGCAGCAGCGGCGGUGCCAAUCUCCCGGAAUCCGAGUCUUCGUAGCAUUUUAAUGGCGGAGAAUUGGGCAGAGCUACCGUUGAAGGAGGAUGAUACCGACGACAUGGUCAUCUACGGGACUUUGCGCGAGGCUGCUGCUACAACAGGCUGGUUCCCCGGUAAUGGGGUGAACAAUGUCGAUGUAGGCCUAAAAGUUGAAGAUCAAGGUGAAAACAGUAGCACUGCAGCGGCGCGUGUGGUUCACACACCACCAACAAAUAGUAAAAAGUUAGGUUUCCGUGGAGUUAGGAGAAGGCCUUGGGGAAAGUAUGCUGCUGAGAUAAGAGAUCCUAAGAGAAACGGCGCAAGGGUGUGGCUUGGGACUUACGAAACGGCUGAGAAUGCAGCUUUGGCUUAUGAUCGAGCCGCGUUUAAAAUACACGGUUCGAAAGCUAAGCUGAAUUUUCCUCACUUGAUCGAUUCAGAUUACACUGGAUCGGUUAAAAUCACACGAAAAGAGCGCUAG